AUGAGUGCUUUGUUAGAGAAUAUUACUAUCUCUUUGCGAACCUCUCGUGCUCAACCUCAACAUAUAUUAAUACAAAACCUUAGCCUUGCUAUAGAGGAUGGAUCGGUGCUUACUGUUAUGGGUAAUAGUGGAUCGGGAAAAAGCUCUCUUCUUAACUUUAUCACUGGUGUUAUAGAUACGCAUGCAUUUGACUGUGAAGGAAGGGUAAUUGUAGAUGGGAGAAACCUCUGCCAAGUUCCAACAGAAAAAAGAAAGAUUGGUUUUCUUUCCCAAGAAGGACUACUCUUCCCUCAUAUGACUGUAAGAGAGAAUUUGCUGUAUGCUGUACCAAACGCCUUGAAGAAGGAAGAAAAAAAAAUCGUAGUACAAAACACCCUAGAAGACGCUAAAUUACCCCAUAGACUGGCAUCUGUAUACCCGCAUACCUUAUCAGGAGGUCAGCAGGCACGACUGGCACUUGCGAGGACAUUGCUUUCGAAGCCACGCAUGCUACUUUUGGACGAGCCCUUUUCGAAAUUGGAUACAGACCUUAGGGCAGCAAUACGAGAAUGGGUGUGGGGGAAAAUAGAAGAAAAUACCAUUCCAGCAAUCUUAGUAAGUCAUGAUCUCAAUGAUGUAUACAGCUUGAAACUAUUGCACACAAUAGCUCACUAG